ACCGUCCGUUUUUAGGUAAAAUACCGUCCGAAAUGGUUCAAUGGGACUGGCAACACUGCUAUGGCUUGCAUUGGGGUCAUUUUGGGUAUUUGGAUGUGUUUUGGUCAAAAACCGAAAAAUAUUCUUAACUAUUAGCACCCUCAAAGCUAAUAAAUGCUAAUUUCACCGAUAGUCUGCUGAAUAAAGUGUUUCGCACUGCAUUGGGUAAGAAAAGUUUCAUAAAACCUUCAUACUUCUGGUGUUGAGUUGUACAAAACCACACUAUAAGAUGGAGGAUGGCAUGGACAUAGAGGAACAUGAUCUGUUGAACAACCCUACUGUGAGGAGCGUGUUUCCAGAUCUUGCCGUUCUCAAACAAGAAAUUAUUGAUUUUGAUAUAAGUGAAGUUGCAGCACCAGAAUCCUUUACAACGCCGGAAGUACCAAAGAGAUAUGAAAACGAAAAUCAACUACACAAUUUAAUGGUCUACAGUAGGGAUCAUCCUACCGAGUGCUCCACUCAAGACCUGGAUGUGAAACCUGACCACCUGUGUACUGACAUGGAUGACACAAUAACUGUCAAGCGCAACAGUUUUACAGAAUUUGAUGAAGUUGAAACUGAAAUCAAGAAGGAAUCAGAGAAUGUUGUAGCAAAUGAAUUGCCAUUUUACGGAAACAGAAUUAUUCUUGGCAAGAUACAAGUAGACGAGUCUGAUGAAGAACGAGAAAUUGAUGCACCAGGUGACUGUAAUAAUGUUGUUAACAACAAAACAAACAAUGAUCAAGAUUUGGCAGUGUCAAUAUACACUGAUGAAAAUAGAAGCAUGAGGAUAACUAAACAGUAUUAUGAAAUGGAAAAAUAUUUGAGAGCGAAAAUUAUUCUAACAAACUGUUAUACAACUCUAUUGAACCAUAACUGUUACUGUGCUCAGUGUGCAGUGUUGUUCCCCACCACUGAAGCGUAUAGUGAACAUUACACGAGCACACACACCGAGACCACUAACUCAACUAAAGCCUCGGCUUCUCCUGUGACACAUAAAAAAAGAAAUAACCCACGUGAAAAGGUAUUUGUGUGUGACACCUGCAAGAAAACAUGCGACAGAAAAAGUAUAUUAAUAAAGCACAUGUUAGUUCACACUGGAGAAAGGCCAUUUGAGUGUGACAUUUGCAAGAAAACCUUCAAUCAGCGAAGUGCUAUGAAAAGACACAAGUUACUUCACACUGGGGAAAAGCCCUUCCGGUGUGACAUUUGCACGAAAUCAUUUAACCAAAGAGGUACUCUUAAGACGCACAAGUUACUUCACACUGCAGCAAAAUUAUUCCAGUGUGAAGAAUGCAAGAAAAACUAUAAAUAUGUAUGGGCUUUAAAACGACACAAGUUAAUUCACUCUAAAAUUUCACGCGAAAAGCCAUUCCAGUGUGACAUUUGCAAGAAAUCAUAUUACCAAAUAAGUCAUUUGAAGAGCCACAAGUUAGUUCACACUGGCGAAAAGCCAUUCGAAUGUGACAUUUGCAAGAAAAUAUUUAAACAAAUAAGAAAUUUAAAGAAACACAAGUUACUUCACACGUGCGAAAACCCAUUCCAGUGCGAAACUUGCAAGAAAACAUUCAGAUAUAUAUCGGCUUUAAAACAACACCAAUUAAUUCACACUGGGGAAAAGCCCUUCCAGUGUGACAUUUGCAAGAAAAAAUUUAGGCUUCCGCACACAUUGAAAGAACAUAAGUUAAUUCACACUGGGGAAAAGCCCUUCCAGUGUAAAAUUUGCACGAAAAUAUUUAACCAGAGAGGUUAUCUCAACAAGCAUAUGUUAAUUCACACUGGGGGAAAACCUUUCGAUUGUGACAUUUGCAUGAAAAUAUUUAGGCAUAAGUUCUCUUUGAAAGCACACAAGUUAUUUCACACUGGGGAAAUGCCAUUCCAGUGUGACAUUUGCACGAAAUCAUUUAACCAUAGAAGUAAUCAUAAGAGGCAUAUGUUAACUCACACUGAAGCUAAACCAUUCCAAUGUGAAACUUGCAAGAAAAACUUUAAACAUGUAUCGGAUUUAAAACGACACAAGUUGAUUCACUCUGGCGAAAAGCCAUUCCAGUGUGAAAUUUGCACGAAAACAUUUAACCGAAGAAGUCAUUUGAAGAGGCACGUGUUACUUCACACUGCAGCACAGCUAUAUGAUUCUGAGGAGUCUGAAAAAUGUGAGAUCCGGGAAACAUGAGGAAACAUAGUACAUGACACGGCGUGAAACAGCGGGAUGUCAGUGAGUGUCAGUGGGGCGCGCUGCGGGCGAGGGCUCGGCCUCCGCCUGUCCCCUCACUGCAGGCAGCGCCGGCGACGCACAGGCCGCGUUGUCGACACGCUCUCCUACACCCGCAUACAAGCGACUCCACCUACACUAACCACCUCAGUUGCAAUUCUGACAUCGGCGCGGACGGUCGCUUUCUAGCGGCGCCGUCUGUAGCCGUCACGUGUGACUCACUACUGAGUGACCCGGCUGCUCAAGGACAGCGUCCUGUUGUACAACGAGAUGCCUGAAAUCCCGGCUCAAUUGGAAGCCUCGGAACAGUAUAAAAUGUAAUUAAAUCGGUAAAUUAAAACAACUAUUUGUUCUGUUUGUUCUUUAUUUUUAAUAAACAUUAUUAUGGCAUAAUACUGAUGUUUGUGGUACCUGUUGCU